AGCAGACGGCACGUGCUUGUAAGCUGGGCAAUGUUUUGACUGGUGGUGGUGCCGUGUUGCUUCUUCUCUGUCGUCACCGAAUUUCCUAAUAAUUUGCUGCACCCGAUAGGGUACUAUGAUCCCGCUUAAGUGUCUUCGAAAGGCUAGCGCAGCUUUUACUCGUCUGUGUCAAUGCAAAGAUAUUGUGAGGGCUUGUUCUAGCGAUGGUGGUGGUGGUCGUAAGAAGUCCAAGUUCGUAGUGGAGGAGGAUCUCCCUGACCGCAGAGCGUUUAAAAUUUUGCGGGAUGAGUUCAGAGGCUACAUGAAACCGAAGAGCUCCGAAGUACAAGAGCCGCUUUUUCCCAAAGAAGUGGAUAUUCUCGUUGUUGGCGGCGGCAUCAUGGGAUCUUCUAUCGCCUACUGGCUCAAGCAGAGAGCGCCUGAGAGUUUCAGCCUGGCCGUGCUAGAACGUGAUUUGACGUAUGCUCGAUCGUCAACGGUGCUGUCGAUUGGAGGGAUAAGGCAGCAGUUUUCGUUGCCAGAAAACGUCCAGCUCUCCAUGUUCAGCGCCGAGUUUCUAAGAAACGUCAAGCAGAACCUUAGUGUUUUGGAUUUCGACCCACCUGAUAUACAGUUUCAGCCACACGGCUACCUGUUUCUUGCCUCUGACAAAGGAGCGGACCAAAUGCUGAAAAACGCGGAAAUGCAAGAGGAACUGGGUGCCAAGCUUGAGCUGAUGAAGCCUGAUGAACUCCGUAAACAAUUUCCAUGGAUAAAUACUGACGGUAUCGCCCUUGCAUCACAUGGUCUAGAGAAUGAAGGCUGGUUUGAUCCAUAUGCUCUUCUUACUGCCUUGCGACGAAAAUCGGUCUCUCUUGGGGCACGGUAUCUUAAUGCGGAGCUUGUAGAUUUUGAAUUUCAAACUAUCGAUGCACAACGUGGACCUGAAAUAUCGUAUGAACCUGUAAACCAUGCUGUGGUAAGAACACCAGAUGGAGUGAUACGCAGAAUUACCUUUGCCAUUUUGGUUGUGGCUGCCGGUCCGCACUCUGGUGAAGUUGCCAAGUUGUUGCGUGUUGGUACGGGACAGGGACUCCUGGAGGUCCCUCUGCCAGUCGAACCUAGGAAGCGCUACGUUUAUGUUGUCCAGUGUCCAGAUGGCCCUGGGCUCAACUUUCCACUGGUUGUAACGCCUGACGGAGUGUACUGUCGCCGCGAAGGCCUUGGAGGCCACUAUGUUUGUGGCAAGUCACCUUCUCCUGAUGAAGAACCAGAUGUAGGGGACCUGGAUGUAGAUUAUUCAUUUUUCGACAAGGCAGUUUGGCCAUCACUUGCUCACAGAAUUCCAGCUUUCAAGUCUCUGAAGGUGAAAAGUGCUUGGGCUGGAUUCUACGACUACAACACAUUAGACCAAAAUGGUUGUGUAGGACGGCACCCUUGCUAUAACAAUGUUUUCUUCGCAACCGGAUUCAGUGGCCACGGCAUCCAGAUGGCACCUGGGGUUGGUAGGGCUAUGAUGGAGCUUAUAAUUGAUGGAAAAUUUGUCAGCAUUGAUUUAAAACGUUUUGGCUUAGAGAGAUUCAUACAUCAAGAGCCAAUCAAAGAGGCUAAUAUUGUAUAGUAAAUGUGCUAGGCUCUUCAUAGGCGACAGUGUAAUGUAAUACAUUAUGUAACUAGCACAGCAACAGUGCUGUCUCUGCCCCAUUUCAAAUUCCAAAUGAAAUAUUUGCCUACUUUCUUAGAACAGUCGCACAGCACAUGUUUUAUUUCUGUACUGAUGAAGACACUUGUAAACACUGUGAAAAAGUUGCACAAACUUUUAGAAAGUAGAAGCUAAACAAUAAAGACAACCAUCCUGGCAUAUGCCAGUAGUUUGCAUACAAAGUGCUCCAAGAAAUCUCAAAACUGGCAUGUAAUGUGUUAGGCUAUGGGACUGAAGUACUAUGCACCUAUUUUACAAGACAGAGGACAUUCCUGCAACUGUAGUGCUAAAUUUCACCCCACUCCUUUUCUAUUUCUGGGCUGCUCCAAGGGGUAAGGCCAGAUGUCAGGUACAGCCGCGGCCACAUCUCUGUAAAGCACGCGAACAGCUGGUUUUCGCUCUGCGGGGCAAAACCUUGGGGCAGUAUCAGGCUCUGACGUGGUCAGCGUGACAACUAGGCUGUGCAUGCUCCCGAUACACCACUUCAGAGCCCGAAACUGCCUCAAGGUUUCCGCCCGCAGAGCAAAAACCGGCUGCCCGAGCGCUCUACACAAACGUGGCCGCCGUUGUACAUCGUACAGAGUUUUUAAAAAAUGCUUUAAACUUUGACGAAUAAAGUGCAAAGCUUUUAAUUUAUGACAUCAAUGUUUGCAUACGGUGGGUGGCAGCUACUGGCCUAGCACAUCAUAUUGGCACCAGCAGGUUUGUGAAAUAGUACUACUACUGUGUUUUAGAUUGAAUAAAUGGGCUUUUGAAAUGGAAACACA